CACACACUCACAAGCACACACAAACUUUCGCUCUUUCUCAUUUACCUUCAUUUCAUACCCACGCCUGCCGAGUGACAAAGCAGAAGCGCGUCUUUCAAAAUGAUUACAAAGCUCGACAGUGUGCUUUUGCCACGAAAGAAAUUCAUCUACCAUUACAAGAAUGUACGCUGGGCAAGGGGCCGGUGUGAGACAUACCUCUGCUUUGUCAUCAAGAGGCGGGUGGGGCCAAACACCUUAACUUUUGAUUUCGGACAUCUCCGUAAUCGCAGUGGCUGCCAUGUCGAGCUGCUGUUUCUGCGUCACCUGGGUGCCUUGUGCCCUGGUUUGUGGGGCGGUGGGGUUGCUGGAGAGAAGAGGCCCAGCUACUCCAUCACCUGGUUCUGCUCCUGGUCUCCCUGUGCCAACUGCUCCAACAGGCUGUCCCAGUUCCUUAGCCGGACACCCAACCUGCGCCUCAGGAUCUUUGUCUCUCGCCUUUAUUUCUGUGACAUGGAGGAUAGCCGUGAAAGAGAAGGACUAAGAAUGCUGAAAAAAGCUGGGGUGCAGCUCACAGUCAUGAGUUACAAAGAUUUCUUCUAUUGCUGGCAGACCUUUGUGGCUCGUAAGGAAAGCAGCUUCAAAGCAUGGGAAGAGCUGCAUCAAAACUCUGUUCGCCUUGCCAGAAAACUCAACCGCAUCCUCCAGCCUCUUGAAACAGAAGACUUGAGAGAUGCCUUCAAGCUUCUUGGACUGUGAAACUGUGGCCUCCUGUGUUGUUACCAUUCAAUUAUUAAUUUUAUUGAGAAAGUUGGUGGUGGUCCAACACUACAACA